AUGAGCACCAUCUCGCCCACUGACUUUGACAGUCUGGAGAUCCAGCAGCAAUACAAUGAUAUUAACAACCGCUGGGAUCUGGCUGCUGAGACCGACUGGGACAACGAGAACAGCUCGGCCCGCCUGUUUGAACGCUCCCGCAUCAAAGCCCUCGCAGAAAUGGAUUACGAGCGCAGAGAGAGCGAGCAGUGCCUGUCGCCUGCAGCGUUCGUUAACCAGGUGCAGUACUCCAACAUCCUGGAAGGUCGUUUUAAACAGCUGCAAGAUGAGCGCGAGGCAGUACAGAAGAAGACCUUCACUAAGUGGGUGAAUUCUCACCUGGGCCGCGUCACCUGUCGUAUCGGUGACCUGUACACUGACCUGCGCGAUGGACGCAUGCUCAUCAGACUCCUGGAGGUGCUCUCUGGAGAACAGCUGCCGAAGCCUACUAAAGGCAGAAUGCGUAUCCACUGUUUGGAGAACGUGGACAAGGCCCUGCAGUUCCUCAAAGAACAGAAGGUUCACUUGGAGAACAUGGGCUCUCAUGACAUUGUUGACGGCAACCAUCGCCUUACCCUUGGCCUGAUUUGGACCAUUAUUCUCCGCUUCCAGAUCCAGGACAUCAGUGUGGAGACAGAGGACAACAAGGAGAAGAAGUCUGCCAAAGACGCCCUUCUGCUCUGGUGCCAGAUGAAGACUGCUGGAUACCCCAAUGUCAACGUGCACAAUUUCACCACCAGCUGGAGAGACGGCCUGGCAUUUAAUGCCAUUGUGCACAAGCACAGACCUGACCUGAUUGAGUUUGACACACUGAAGCGGUCCAAUGCUCACUAUAACCUCCAGAAUGCCUUUAACGUGGCAGAGAAAGAGCUGGGCCUCACCAAACUACUGGACCCUGAAGAUGUGAAUGUUGACCAGCCUGAUGAGAAGUCCAUCAUUACAUAUGUGGCCACAUACUACCACUACUUCAGUAAAAUGAAAGCCCUGGCAGUGGAGGGCAAGAGGAUCGGAAAGGUGUUGGACUAUGCCAUAGAGGCAGAUCAGUUGAUAGAGAAGUAUGAGAGUUUGGCAUCUGAGCUGCUGCAGUGGAUUGAACAGACUAUAGUGACUCUGAAUGACAGACAGCUGGCCAACUCACUGAGCGCAGUACAGAACCAACUACAGGCCUUCAACACAUACCGCACUGUGGAGAAACCGCCCAAGUUCACUGAGAAGGGGAAUUUAGAGGUCCUGCUGUUCACUAUCCAGAGUAAGAUGAGAGCCAACAACCAGAAAGUCUACAUGCCCCGCGAAGGCAAACUUAUCUCUGACAUCAACAAGGCGUGGGAGCGUCUGGAGAAGGCGGAACAUGAGCGGGAGUUGGCUCUGAGGAACGAGCUGAUUCGUCAGGAGAAGCUGGAGAUGCUGGCUGCUCGCUUUGACAGGAAAGCCGCCAUGAGAGAGACCUGGCUGAGUGAAAACCAGCGCCUUGUCUCCCAGGAUAACUUUGGCCUUGACCUGGGUGCAGUGGAGGCUGCCACGCGUAAACAUGAGGCUAUUGAGACAGACAUUGGUGCGUACGGUGAGAGAGUAGCCGCGGUGGUGGCGGUGGCCCGGGAACUGGAGGCAGAGGGAUACCAUGACGUAAGGCGUAUCCUGGCACGCAGGGAUAACGUGCUAAGGCUGUGGGAGUACCUGAAGGAGCUCCUGGCAGCACGGAGGGAGAGACUGCACGCCCACAGAGACCUCCAGAGACUCCUACAGGAGAUGAGAUACAUUAUGGACUGGAUGGGAGACAUGAAGGGUCGGCUGCAGUCACAGGACAGUGGGAAACACCUGCAUGAUGUGGAGGAUUUGCUGCAGACACACACUCUGGUGGAAUCAGACAUCUCAGCUCAGGCAGAGAGAAUUAAAGCAGUACAGGCUGCAGCUCAGCGCUUCACAUCAGACGAACAGAGCUAUAAGCCCUGUGAGCCAGCGCUGGUCAGUGAGAAGGUGUCUCUGUUGGGUCAGGCCUAUGAGGAGUUGGGCAGGCUGGCAGGGGAGCGCCGUGCUCGGCUGGAGGACUCCAGACGUCUGUGGCAGUUCCUGUGGGAGCUGGGGGAGGAGGCGGCGUGGAUCCGGGAGCAGGAGCAGAUUCUGGCGGGAGCAGACUGCGGCCGCGACCUCUCCUCGGCGCUACACCUCCUCAGUAAACACGAGGCCUUCCGUGAUGAGAUGGCCGCACGCUACGGUCCCCUCGGCAACAGCAUCGCCGCGGGCGAGGCUCUCAUCCAGGAAGGUCACUUCGGAGCACCGGAGGUCACGGAGAGGAUCCGAGACAUCAAAGCACAAUGGGCCCAUCUGGAAGAGGCGUCUCAGUUGCGUGAACAGCGGCUGAAGGAGGCAGUGGCUCUCCAUCAGUUCCAGACGGAUGCUAACGAUAUGGAGGCCUGGAUCCUGGAGGCUCUGAGACAGGUGUCUAGUCAGGAGGUGGGUCAUGAUGAGUUCUCCACUCAGACUCUGGCCAGGAAACAGAGGGAGGUGGAGGAGGAGAUCCAGAGCCACCGCUCCCUCAUUGACUCCCUGCACGAACAGGCUCUGACACUGCCUGCUGCUUACGCCCGCUCCCCGCAGGUGGAGGGGCGUCUGCCUGCCAUAGAGCAGCGAUAUGAGGAGCUGGAGGCAUUGUCAUCAUCCCGGCGACAGGCUCUAGAGGGCGCUCUGGCCAUGUACCGUAUGUACAGCGAGGCAGGAGCCUGUCAGCUCUGGGUGGAGGAGAAAGAACAGUGGCUUCUUGGCAUGGAAAUUCCCACAAAACUGGAAGACCUGGAAGUUGUCCAACAGAGGUUUGAGACUCUGGAGCCAGAGAUGAAUAAUAUGGGCACUCGUAUAAACGACGUGAAUCAAGUGGCCGAACAGCUGCUCAGCUCAGACAACCGCAACAAAGAGCAGAUAAUUCAGACACAGGAGCAGCUCAAUAACAGGUGGAAGGAGUUCCAGCAGUUGGCCAGCCAGCGUAAGCAGGCUCUGGAGUCCGCUCUGAACAUUCAGAACUACCAUCUGGAGUGUAAUGAGAUCCAGACCUGGAUGAAGGAGAAGACCAAAGUCAUCGAGUCCACUCAGGGCCUCGGCAACGACCUCGCCGGGGUCAUGGCACUGCAACGCAAACUCACCGGCAUGGAACGAGACCUGGAGGCCAUUCAGGGUAAGCUGGACGACCUGCGCCAGGAGGCGGAAAAGCUGGCUGAGGAGCACCCUGACCAGGCCAAGGAGAUCCAGGCUCGCCUCGCAGAGAUUCAGGAGGUGUGGGAGGAGCUGAAGGCCACAAUGAGAGCUCGAGAGGAGUCUCUGGGCGAAGCCUCCAAACUGCAGGGCUUCCUGCGCGACCUGGAUGACUUCCAGUCCUGGCUCUCGCGAACCCAGACGGCGGUGGCGUCGGAGGACAUCCCCACCUCGCUGGGAGAGGCUGAGAGACUCCUCGCCCAGCACGAGAGCAUCAAGAACGAGGUGGACAACUACCGGGAGGACUACGAGAAGAUGAGGGCUACGGGAGAGGAGGUGACCCAGGGCCAGACCGACGCGCAGCACAUGUUCCUGGCUCAGAGGCUCCAGGCACUGGACACGGGCUGGCACGAGCUGAGACGCAUGUGGGAGAACAGACACAGCCUCCUCGCCCAGGCCUUUGACUUCCAGACCUUCCUCAGAGAUGCCAAGCAGGCUGAGAGCUUCCUCAACAGUCAGGAGUAUGUGCUGUCGCACACUGAGAUGCCCUCCAGCCUGCAGGGGGCGCUGGAGGCCAUUAAGAAACAUGAGGACUUCAUGACGACCAUGGAGGCCAGUGAAGAGAAGAUCAACGGAGUGGUGGACGCAGGUCGCAGGCUUGUGUCAGAUAACAACACUAACGCUGAUAAGAUCGAGGAGAAGGUCAACUCCAUCCAGGACAGACACCAGAGGAACAAACAGGCAGCCAGUGAGCUUUUGGCUAAACUGAAGGACAACAGAGAACUCCAGCACUUCCUCCAGGACGGACAAGAGCUGACUCUGUGGAUUAAUGAGAAGAUGCUGACGGCUCAGGACAUGUCAUACGAUGAGGCUCGUAAUUUGCACAGUAAAUGGCAGAAACACCAGGCCUUCAUGGCAGAACUGGCCUCUAAUAAAGACUGGCUGGACAAGAUCCACAAGGAGGGGCAGUUGUUGGUAAAGGAGAAGCCGGAGCAUGAGCCGGUGGUCACUCAGACUCUGGAGAGUUUGGAGAGGCAGUGGGAGGAGCUGGAGAACACCACUCAGACCAAAGCUCAGUGUCUGUUUGAUGCAAACCGCGCUGAGCUGUUCACUCAGAGCUGCUCCGCUUUGGACAGCUGGCUGCAGAACCUCUCCACCCAGCUCCAGAGUGAUGACUUUGGCAAAGACCUGACCAGCGUUAACAUCCUGCUCAAAAAACACCAGAUGCUGGAGCACCAGAUGGAGGUGCGUGAGAAGGAGGUGCAGUCUCUGCAGUCUCAGGCCUUGGCUCUGGCCCAGGAGGAGGGCGGGAUUAUGGAGGUUGAUGGACAGCGGCAGCGAGUAACGGACAGCUUCGCUCAGCUCCAGGAUCCUCUGAGACAAAGGAGACAACGCCUGUUGGCGUCUAAAGAAGCCCACCAGUUUAACAGAGACCUGGAGGACGAGAUUUUGUGGGUGAAAGAGAGAAUGCCUUUGGCCACGUCCACAGACCAUGGGAAAGACCUACCCAGUGUUCAGUUACUCAUCAAAAAGAACCAGACUUUGCAGAAGGAGAUCCAGGGCCAUCAGCCCAGGAUUGACGACAUCCAGUCCCACGGGAGGAGCAUGGUGCCCGGGCAGGACGGGGAAGUGGACAGCGAGAGACAGGCCGCUCUGGACGGACGCUUGGUGGAGCUGCGGGAAUCCUGGGACCAUCUGAUCUCUGAGACGGACCAACGUCACAGCCGGCUGGCCGAGGCCCACCGGGCCCAGCAGUUCUACGCUGACGCCGCGGAGGCAGAGGCCUGGAUGGGAGAACAGGAGCUCCAUAUGAUGUCUGAGGAGAAGGCGAAGGAUGAACAGAGUGCAUUAGUGAUGGUGAAGAAACACCAGAUCCUGGAGCAGGCCCUGGAGGACUAUGCACAGACCAUCCACCAGCUGGCCAACAGCAGCCGACUCAUGGUCAACAGUGAACACCCAGAGAGUGAGAGAAUCACGCUGAGGCAGGCUCAGGUGGAUAAGCUGUAUGCAGGGCUGAAGGAUCUGGCGGAGGAGAGGAGAGGGAGACUGCAGGAGCGACUGAGACUGACUCAGCUGAAGAGAGAGGUGGAUGAUCUGGAGCAGUGGAUUGCCGAGAGGGAAGUCGUCGCUGGCUCUCACGAACUGGGACAGGACUAUGAGCACGUCACUAUGUUGCGUGAUAAGUUUCGUGAGUUUGCUCGUGACACCAGUACCAUCGGACAAGAGCGUGUGGAUGCGGUCAAUGGACAGGCGGAUGACCUCAUUGAGUCUGGUCACCCUGAGAACGCCAGUGUGGCUGAGUGGAAGGAUGGGCUGAACGAGGCCUGGGCCGACCUGCUGGAGCUGAUCGACACCCGCACGCAGAUGCUGGCCGCCUCCUACGAGCUACACCGCUUCCAUCAGGACGCACGGGAGGCGCUAGGGCGUGUCAGAGAGAAACGGGAGGCGCUGAGCUCCGACCUGGGCAGAGAUCUCAACACCGUACAGCACCUCCACAGACAGCACAACACUUAUGAACACGACAUCCAGGCCCUCAGUGGACAGGUGAGUCAGGUCCAGGAUGAUGCCGCACGGUUACAGAAGGCCUACGCUGGAGAGAAGGCCGAAGACAUUCACCGGCACGAGAGAGCCGUCACCGAGGCCUGGGAGGGGCUUCUGUCUGCCGCUCAAGCCAGACGGCUGCUCCUAUUGGACACGGUGGAGAAGUUCCGCUUUUUCAACAUGGUCCGAGACCUCAUGCUGUGGAUGGAUGGAGUUAAUCUGCAGAUACAGUCACACGACAGCCCCAGGGACGUGUCGUCGGCAGGCCUGGUCAUUGCCAACCAUCAGGACAUAAAGUGUGAGAUUGAGACACGGGCAGACAGCUUCACAGCGUGCACAGAUAUGGGCAACACACUCAUCAAAAACAACCACUACGCUGCAGAUGAGAUCCGAGAAAAACUGGACCAGCUUCAGGCCAAAAGAGCUGAGAUCAAUCAAAAAUGGCAAGACAAGAUGGAUCACCUACAGAUAGUGCUGGAGGUGCUGCAGUUCGGGCGUGACGCCUCAGUGGCGGAGUCGUGGCUGGCGGGGCAGGAGCCCCUGGUGCGGGCGGCUGAUCUUGGCGCCAAUGUGGACGAGGUGGAGAGUCUGAUCAAACGGCAUGAGGCCUUUGAGAAACUGGCCGCUGGCUGGGAGGAGAGAUUCACCCAACUGGAGAAACUCACCACGUUAGAAGAACAGGAGAUCCAGAGAAAGAGAGAAGAGGAGGAGAGGGCACGGAGACCUCCAACACCUCCACCCGUUGAGGAGGUGGUACAUUCUGAGGCAGAGCACGAGUCUGCAGCCAGGACUAGCCUGGACCAGACUACUCUGAAUCAGUCAGUAUCUGUUAAUGGAGUACACAGUGACCAGGACACUUCACAGGGUUCGGAGUCAGAGUCCAUAAAUGGGCCGGGCCGGGACAGCGGCCUGGCGUCGUCGUCAAGACAAGAGCCCUCGGCGACGUUGCCAGGGAAGGGAGCGGCGGAGGCGGCCUCAGAGACAAUGGAGGGCAUGCUCUGUCGAAAACAGGAGAUGGAGUCGCACAACAAGAAAGCAGCCAGCAGGUCGUGGCAGAACGUGUACUGUGUAUUGAGGAAAGGAAGUCUGGGUUUCUACAAAGACAACAAAGGAGCUUCCAAUGGUAUCCCAUACCACGGAGAGGUGCCCAUCAGCCUUAGUGAGGCUGUGUGUGAGGUCGCUCACGACUACAAGAAGAGGAAACACGUUUUCAAACUCCGGCUGGGAGAUGGGAAGGAAUAUUUGUUCCAGGCCAAGGACGAGGCUGAGAUGUCCUUGUGGAUCCGGGCCAUCCAUUCGUCCAUGCCGGCGGGCGGGGCAGGCGACCGGUCCCCCGGGGGUCCGCAGGGCCUGAGUCGGGCCAUGACCAUGCCUCCCAUAUCCCCCAGCUCCGCAGAGACAGGAGGGGUCACGAUGCGCAGCAAAGACGGCAAAGAAAAGGACCGCGAGAAACGAUUCAGCUUCUUCAGCAAGAAGAAAUAAAACCCAC